AUGGCCUUAAACCCUCUCGUCCCAAUUGACCCCUCCAACCUCAAAGGCCUCUCCAUCCUAAUAACAGGCGGCGCAUCCGGCCUAGGGCUCAGCGCAGCCCGAUACCUCGCAUCGUCCGGCGCAAUCGUCACAAUCGCCGACAUCCAGGACGAAGCCGGCACUGCAAUCGCCUCCAACCUCGGUGCCCAAGGCUGCAUUGUGCAAUACGUCCACUGCGACAUCACAGACUACGAGUCCCAGGUGGCAGCCUUCCGCGCCGCACUCAACUUCUCACCAAGCAAGGCCCUCGACGCCGUCGCGGCCUUCGCGGGCGUCGACAAGACAGGCCACCUGCUCGACCACGUCACCUCAACGACAACCGAAACCGAGGUCUCCACUGACAGCCCUCCGCCCCCAAUCCCCGACCUGCGUCCGAUUGACGUGAAUCUCAAGGGGACCUUCUACACGGCUACGCUUGCCCUGCAUUACUUCCGGCUCCCGCGCCCGUCGGACUCGGCCAGCGCAUCGCUUACGAUUGUUUCUUCUCUUGCGGGAUACAUCGACGACACGCAUAGCACGGCGUACACGGCGUCGAAGUUCGGGAGCCGGGGUCUGUUCCGCGCGAUUCGGGCGCAGGCGAGUUCGCAGCUUAACGUGCGCGUUAACGCGAUCUGUCCGUGGGCGAUGAGGACGCCGAUGAUUGAGGGGGCGCUGCAGCGGAUGGCGGAUUUCGGGAUUCUGCCUGGGAAGGGGAUUACGAUGGUGCCGCAUGAGGUUCUUACGGGGGCGUUGGGGAGGAUGCUAGUUGACCAGGAGAUUCAAGGUCGCGCGUUCGCCAUUGUCCCCGAAGGCGCGGUGGAUAUCGGCGAUGAUAUUGAAGGUGCUUAUGGGGGACCGGCGCUUGUGGAGAUGAUGGCGCUGCGUAAGGCUGCAGGCGACUUCUUGCAUAGCUAG